UUUGUUUUGCAAUUUGCAAGGUUUUGCAGAAAAGUUUUGCUUUUUACGAUUACCCGCGCCAGUUAUUUCAAUUUUUCCGUAAAAAUUAGCAUUUUGCAAACGAAAUGCCCAGCCGCAGUCGGUCACGGGACCGGGACCGGUACCGGAAGAAGCCCGAACAUAAAAAGGAAGACCACCGACGAAAGAAGAAUCGACGUUCCCGCUCGAGCAGUUCCGAUUCAAGUGGUAGCAGUAAUAGCAGCAGCAGUAACAGAAGCAUUUCCGUAAGUAAAAGUAAGAACCGUAAUAGAAGAGAUAGAUCGUCUUCGGAUAAUCGAAAGGAACGGCGCCGGAGGCGCGAAUCCGAUUCACAGUCUCCGAUCAAACGGCACCAGGAGCAUCGGCGGCGCCGGGAUGAAACUCACCGGGAUAGACGACGGUCUACAUCUCCGAGGGACAGUAGAAAAACUCGUCGAUCGCGAUCUCGAGAAGACCGACGGCAUGAAGUUCGGAAAGAAAACCGAAGAUCCAAAUCACGAGAAAGAUCAAAACGCAGAUCCCGUUCAAGAAGCACGGGAAUAAAAUACAGGGAGGAAGACGCUUCCAAUGGUCCAAGCACAAGCGGGUCACAUUACCGACAAAUGGAAAACGGUAACGCAGGAGGAGAGUCAUCGCAGUCCGGUGGCCGAGGUGGAAAGUGGGAGCACGAUAUGUACCAGGAGCGACAAUCGCGUCGGGAUGCGGAUCGAAGCUUUAGACCCGGGGGAAGAUUUGGCCAGGGAGGCUCCGUUAAUGUUGACUUUAUGGAAUCGAGACGUUUGCAGCGGGAAGUCAUCGGAGAAGAGGGUGCUCCGAUUAUUUGGGCAGAAUCCCCCUCUCCAAGGGCUUCCUCCGAAGAUGAAAAGGAAACUAAGGCGAAUGAUAAGAAAAUAAAGUCAAAAAAAUCUUCUAAAAAGAAAAAGAAAAAAGGAAGCGACAAGAAAGACAAAAAGAAGAAAAAAUCUUCUAAAAAGAUGAAGAAAAAAGAUAAAAACUCAAAGAAGAAAAAGGCGAAGAAGGCUUCCUCCUCGGAGGAUACAAGUUCGCCUUCCUCCAGCUCGGAAAGUUCCGGCGAAGAAGACGAGUGGGUGGAAAAAUCGAUGGCCGAAAAAGCGGUCGCUGGAAGUUCCGGCGGUUUGGUUAUGGCCGAGAGUGCUUCGGGAGGAAAAGAUAUGGAAAACGAAGAUGGCGUUGUGGGUCCGAUCAAAACCAGUGGCAAUCUUAAUCAGAAAGAUUUCGGCCGAGCACUGUUGCCCGGCGAGGGUGCUGCGAUGGCUGCUUACGUUACCGAGGGUAAACGAAUUCCGCGGCGUGGAGAGAUCGGGCUUACGUCGGAUGAGAUAGCUCGGUUCGAGGAUGUUGGCUACGUUAUGAGCGGUAGCCGACACCGACGCAUGGAGGCGGUGCGUAUUCGUAAGGAAAAUCAAAUCUACUCGGCCGACGAGAAACGUGCCCUGGCGAUGUUCAGCAAGGAAGAGCGGCAGAAGCGGGAGAACAAGAUACUUUCGCAGUUCAAGGAGAUGAUCAGUGCCAAGCUGGCUAGCGACAAGCGCUAAGUGGACCAGGUUUGUGUAAUAACUUAUCCUAAUUAUAUGACUGUAUGUGAGUAGAAA